UUCUUCUUAUUUUCCGUUGCAGUAUGGACUUAUUUCGUAAAAAGAAAAAAAAAAUUAUAUUUAAGAAAAAAAUUAAAUCAAAAUACUAAAUCCUAAAAAUAGUUAAACGGAGUAGCUUGUAGUUUCAACUGAACUCAACUGCCAGGAAAAGGGAUGCGGAGUUGAUCAUCGGCCGUACAGGCAAACACAAAUUGCUGGAAUUGAGGUUCUGAUUAGAGUGAAUUGGUUUGUCAUUUAAGGCCGAAUCGAAAAUGGGUACAUCUGUUGUGAACAAGGAAAACUAUAGUGGCAGGAGCUGGAAGCAGAAAGAGUUGUUUUUCCUGGUGACUUAUGUAUUUGUUUUCUAUGUUAUCGUCAUCAGGCGUUCCCUUCAACUCUCUCAUGAUCAUUAUACAAAACUAUUCGGUUUACGUCCAGGAUGGCUUAUACCUCAUCACCUCAAUGAUAUCUCAGAUGCUCAAUGGAGGAAUUUCCGAGGAAAUUUACCUGUUCUAACUCUUGUCUUUGGAAUUUUCACUCUUCUGGCCAACUUAACGAGGGCUUUCUUUAGUUUUAAAGUGAGAGGAAUGUCCAUUAUCUGGCUUUUAUUUUCUUUCGUCUAUCUAUCAUAUCUGCAUGGAGCAUGCGUGAUAUUCGUGCUCUCAAUAGCAACUAUUAAUUUUCUUCUUGUUAAGAUAUUUGCACGGAAAAAGUACUUUCCACUUAUACUUUGGAGUUACAACAUAUUUUUUCUUGUGUGUAAUCGGAUUUAUGAAGGAUAUUCUUUCUCUAUGUUUGGGCAACAAUGGAGAUUUUUGGACAAUUCCCGGGGCAGCUUUAGGUGGCACAUAUGUUUUAACUUUGUUGUUUUGCGCAUGAUAAGCUUUGGAUUGGAUUAUCAUUGGACAAAUGAAGAUUCUCAUUUUGAUCUGGAGAAACAUUGUCAACGUUGUCAUAUUUGCAAAUCAGGAAACACGUGCUAUCAAGCUUUACAGGAGAGAAGUCUGCACGUCGACAAGUUUGGAUAUGUCGUAUACCUUUGUUAUUUGGUGUAUGCACCACUUUAUAUUGCUGGUCCAAUAGUGAGCUUCAACGCUUUUGCCUCGCAGCUAGAUGUUCCUCAAAAUAGUAAUUCAGUUAGAAAUGUGAUACUAUAUGGUUUCCGUUGGGUAUUGUGUUUUAUCCUUAUGGAGCUGAUGACACAUUUAUUCUACUAUAAUGCCUUUGCUAAUAGUGGAUUAUGGAAGCACUUGUCUGCUAUGGAUGUGUUCAUAAUUGGAUAUGGGGUCUUAAACUUCAUGUGGCUAAAGUUUUUAUUGAUCUGGCGCUUUUUCAGGUUCUGGUCACUGGUGAAUGGAAUUGAGGCUCCAGAAAAUAUGCCAAAAUGUAUUAAUAAUUGCCACAGCUUGGAAGGCUUUUGGAAAAAUUGGCAUGCUUCCUUUAACAAAUGGCUCGUGAGGUAUAUGUACAUUCCUCUCGGAGGAUCUCGGAAAAAGCUCCUAAAUGUAUGGGUUGUAUUCACUUUUGUUGCUGUCUGGCAUGAUUUAGAGUGGAAGCUUCUUUCAUGGGCAUGGUUGACAUGUUUAUUCUUUAUCCCUGAGUUGAUAUUAAAAUCAUCCGCAAAAGCAUUUCAGGGUGAAAGUUCUUUUUGGAAAUUCGUAUUUCGUGAACUCAGUGCUGUUGCUGGUGCAGUCACAAUCACUUGUCUCAUGGUGGCAAAUCUGGUUGGUUUUGUUAUUGGACCAAGUGGUAUUAACUGGUUACUUUCUUCUUUUCUUCAAAAGGAAGGGUUGCCUGUCCUUGGGGGAUUGCUUACGACAUUUUACGUUGGAACAAAGAUGAUGUUUCACAUAGAAGAAGUAAAGAAAACAUCGCCAUGAACCGGACCGGACAAGUGCAUGACCAUGAUACUUGGAUCAGAUUCAUGUUUAAUGCUGGGUGUUUCAUAUCUGAUACAGAAGGGUUUGUUUAGCUUGGAGCUAUCUGUUGGUGUGAUUCUUGACCCGGUUUUCAUAAAUUGCAGAUGCAUUGUACAUCAAGUUGGGAGUCAUACGAUCAAAUUUUGUACACCGCACAAUGUAAAAAAUAUUGGUAACAGGAAAUGAAUAGGGUAGAUUCAUAAUGAAACUCGGAUUCCUCCUUCAUCCCCGCUUUUUCAUGGCUGAGAAAAUGAUCAAAUCUUGAAUUUGUUGAGAUCUUACACUGAAAAUUUGCUUAUUUUUAGUUCUCAGUGUUGUUUUCCAA